AGAUGCUUACGUGAAAACGGAGCAGCGUCUCGACUCAGCGGAGCAUGUUUCGCGAUGGUCCGUCAAACUGAUUUUUCCCAGGAUCACAAAAGCGUUGCGCGGAGCGUAAAUUAAGGGUGGAAAAAACGUUGGUACGAGGAGGUGAAAAACGGGGGCGUUUGACAGGAUGAAAAACUCGAGAGUCCCAGCAGCAGCCUCGUUGCAACGAAGGGCCCAUAUUCGUUUGGUCCCGGAGGAGUGACGCGGUGAACAGCAGGAAAUGCGAGAACGGCGUCAACGUGAUAAAAACGUUGCAGUUGGGCGUAUUCCUAUGCGUUCGUACGGAUCUGUAACGCGCGCGACGGAUUCUUCGAGAAUGAUUCGUCGCAAGGAGAUACGAGCCUUGACAGAAAAAUAAUGUGACGAGUAUAGAAAAAGAUUCCUCUCCCGCGGCUCCUCCCCGCGUAUUUGCAUUACGACGAUCGCCGGACGAGAUAAAUGGCGAGUAAAACUUUCGGGGAUUCGGCUGUCCGGUGACCGGGGGACGAAUACGUGUUUGUAUUAUCCUCUGGCCUGGAUGUCGGCCGGGACCUUAUCCUCGGAGUUCUCGCGAGGGCCCUUUUUCGAGGCUGGAAAACUCUGAGGCCUCCUUUCCCCAUUUUCCCUUGUCUUGAUCUUCCCCUCAUCAGUAAUACCGAAAUCUAAUCUACGAAAUUAAUCGGAUCUCGGAGUGAAGAAUAAUUUGUACAUGGAAAGUUUGCUCUCCCCGAAUCCACCAACGAUUCGUGUCGAUUCCAUUCCCAUAGUCGUAGUCACUUCGUCACCGUUAUCAUGCUUUGUCGUGCCGUAAUAAAACGACGAGAACAAGAGCGCGUACAGCGGAGGGGUUGCCAGGAUAUUUGACGGUGCGGAUGGUGGUGGUUGAACGCGAACGUACCGGCGACGAGUACGACUUAAAUGUGCUGACUACAUUAAGACCCGGGGUAUAAAAGAUAGCCCGUCCUCACGAUCCUAUCCACAGACCGAGUUUGAUCGGCCACCAGUUCGGUUACGGUGAUAUAACACACGCGUACACACAACACACACACACACACACACACACGCACACACUAAUGUUUCCACAUUUAUAUACGUCAAACCGGUAGAAACAUAGAAUCGAAUAUCUGUAUACGUAAAAGGUUUUAUCGAGGAGAUAAAUAGCUUGAAAAACCGUGCGAAUUGGAAAAAAGAUAAGAGAAAGAAAAUUGAAGAAUCGAUCGGAGGGCAGGAGCAGUAGAAAAGCGAUAAAAUAUAGAAAAGUUUUAAACAUCGGUUAAGUAUUUGAUCGAGAGCAUUGGACACGCAGUGUUUAGAUCGAAAUUUAUAGUCGUUCGGAGUGUACUUUGUUUCGGGAAAGCAAGCCUCUCGGAGGUACGAGUUGCUAAGAGAAAAUCGAAGAAAAAUGACGCCGUUCGUAUUGAGCACCACGAGCUAUUUCCUCGUCGCAGUAAUACUCGUUGCCGUCGUAAUGAUUAUCUUCGAUCACAAACGCUCGCGGAACAAAAAAUUGAUAGAAAAACUGGCCAAGUACGACACCGAAGUGGCCACCCUGCCCGAGCCACCGGGGCCGAAACCCUGGCCCAUUUUUGGCUCGCUUCAUCUCCUCGGACAAUACGAAAUUCCGUACAUGGCCUUUGCCGAUCUUGCUAAAAAGUACGACAGCCCUAUCGUCAAACUGCGCAUGGGAUCCGUGGGCUGCGUCGCCGUAAACGGACUCGAAAACAUCAAAGAAGUUCUCAUCGUCAAGGGACAGCAGUUCGACUCGAGGCCCGAUUUCAAACGAUAUCAUUUGCUCUUCUGCGGCGACAAGGAAAAUUCCCUCGCGUUCUGCAACUGGUCCGAGCUGCAGAAAGCUCGAAGGGAAACCCUCCGAGCGCACACCUUUCCGCGAGCCUUUACCGCCAAGUUUGACCAGCUGAACGGCAUCGUGUCCGAGCACUUGGAAAACUUCGUGUCCCACGUGGAGUCUCGGGCCGGUAGCGAGAUCAAGGCGAAGCCUCUGGUACUCCACUUGUGCGGCAACAUUUUCUCCAAUUAUUUCUGCUCGAAAAAAUUCGCUCUCGAUCACGUGGCGUUCAACGAAAUGGUGAGGAAUUUCGACAAGGUUUUCUACGAGGUCAACCAGGGCUACGCCGCCGACUUCAUGCCCUUCUUGAUGCCGCUCCACCAGAGAAACAUGGCGAGAAUGUCCAACUGGAGUCACAAAAUCCGAGAGUUCGUGACCUCCCACAUUAUCGGCGAUCGCUAUUCCUCGUGGGACCGAAUUAUUCCGGAGGAGGAUUACGUCGACUGCCUUAUCAAUCAUAUCAGAACGAAGAGCGAGCCGAAAAUGUCUCUCGACACCGGAUUAUUCGCUCUCGAAGAUAUCAUCGGCGGACACUCCGCGAUCGGCAAUUUGAUCGUCAAAAUUCUUGGCUUCAUCGCGACGAGGCCAGAGGUACAGGCGAACGCACAGCGCGAAAUCGACCUCGUCGAAACUGGUGGAGUCACCGUUGGACUCGAGCAUCGAGGAUCGAUGCCCUACACCGAAUCCAUCAUUCUCGAGGCGAUUAGAUUGAUCACGAGUCCGAUCGUCCCACACGUCGCGAACCAGGACACCUCGAUCGGAGGAUACAAAGUAGAAAAAGACACGUUCAUAUUCCUGAACAACUACGAGCUCAACAUGUCAGAAAAGCUGUGGACAUCGCCGAAAGAAUUCAUGCCCGAGAGGUUUAUCCAAAACGGUAGAAUUUCUAAGCCCGAGUAUUUUUUGCCUUUCGGUGGUGGUCGAAGAUCCUGCAUGGGAUACAAGAUGGUUCAGUACGUGGGUUUCUCGACGAUCGCGACGAUACUGAAGAACUUUACAGUCUCUCCGAUCGAGAGCGAGUCUUACGUAGUGCCGAUUGGGAAUCUCGCCCUGCCAGAAAUAAGUUACGGCUUCCGAUUCGACAGGCGACAACGCGCAUGAAUUAGGCAACGAAAACACGAAAGAAAUGUUAACGCAAGCUCCUCAGAGCCUUUUUUUCUCAGGCAUUCGCGUUCGCUUGGUAACGUCGAGUAAACACGUGAGAUUCAAUGAGAAAAAAAGCGUCGAGAGGAGACCUGAUGAAAAGCUUUAUCGACACUAUUAUUUAAGGAUCUUAGAAAAUUGAUUUUUUUUCCUAUUCGAAUCGUGAAAAAUCCGGACGUCCUAAAUCAUUUCCGGAACAAAUUGGCCCUCGAGACUGAGAAAAAAAAAAGUCUUAAUUUUCUUGAACGUUCGGAGGGUCGAUUCGCUGACUGAUGAAUGUGAUUUUUAACGUCAGCUCAUUAAUUAUAGUUCAUCUAUUCUUUUUUCACUCACCACUUAGUGAAAAAAAGUAUUCUCUCGGUGCUGACGGACUGAAAAAUCCAAAUUACCUAUCAGCCAAAGUAAUGCUGAAUCGAAGAAUCUUGAAAUCGAGAUUUUCUAUCGAUUUGGCGAUUCCAAUACGGAGAACGAUUCGAUACACAUGCAACUAAUUCAAUUUCAUUUUUACAUGUUUAUCUAUCACCUCGUAAUUUAUUGAUAUCCAGAUGAUUAUUAUUACCGCUAAGUAGGUACAUAUAAUUCCACUUCACCAUUUUCCCAUUUUUUAUUCGAUCGUGGAGCAUCAAACCAACGUUUGAGUGUUUUCUUCCCUCCUCCUCCUCUCCCCCUCUUUCCCUUUUCAUUGAAAAAACUUAUUGUACAUUCGUAAAAAAGAAGAAAUGUUUGUUAUUUAAUUGAAAGUGAUUGUUGCUUCGUUUAAUUUAUUAUUUAAGCUGAUGCUAGAAUUAUAUAUUGCGGAUUAAAGGAGACAAGAAAUAAUGUA